GCACCGCGGCCUCUGAAGGCAUCUGCGCGCGCCCCCGGCCCCGCGGCGGCUCCGGGAGGAUGUGGCUCCUCGGCCUCGCAGCAACUUUUUGCGGAUUGUUCGGGCUUCAAGGUUCUGCGCUGCAAAUCCAGUGUUAUCAGUGUGAAGAAUUCCAGCUAAACAACGACUGUUCCUCCCCGGAGUUCAUCGUCAAUUGCACGGUGAAUGUUCAAGACAUGUGUCAGAAAGAAGUGAUGGAGCAAAGCGCAGGGAUCAUGUACCGCAAGUCAUGUGCGUCGUCAGCAGCCUGCCUCAUCGCCUCCGCGGGGUACCAAUCAUUCUGCUCCCCUGGGAAACUGAACUCAGUGUGCAUCAGCUGCUGCAACACCCCACUUUGCAAUGGGCCACGACCCAAGAAAAGAAGCAGUUCAGCGUCCAGCUUGCAGCCACAGCUUCUGCUCACCUUCCUGCUCCUCAAAUCAGCCCUCUUCCUGGCGCACUGCUGA